UGUCAAUGUCAAAUACCAUGUGGUUGUGUCCAUGUGAGAGAUUUUUGGUUGUUUCAUAGGGUUUAUAGGAAUUUAUCUUAGAAUGGAUUAUGUUGUAGGCAGCGUCGCUGCUCUUAUAUCGGGCAAUGUAACACCAAAUAGACCCAAACUAGUGCGUAGAGCUCUAACGCCUACAAAACAUCAACCUUCUCCGAAUGUGACACCGAAAAGUCAAUUCGCCGAAGAUAGAUCUUUAUUUCUUUCUCCAACGCAGCAGAAAAAGAAAGCUAUCGUUAAGAAGUCGCCGAAGAGGAUUUUUCAGAAUCCUGACUUGGAUGUGACAUUGGAAAACGAAGGUAAAAAUUCUCAGAGUAGUCCAAAAGCUAACAAGGUCAAGAAACAUUUAAAAGAGGAUUUGGAGGCUGAUAAUUCGAAAGGUAGCGUUACUUCUUCGCCUAAGAAUAGAAAUAAAUCAUUAGAUACGUCUACUGAUAUUUCAUCAUCAAAAAAGAAACCAAACCAACCAAGUGACAAUGUAGGAGAUAUGCAAAAUAAUGAGAUGUCAAAAAAGAAGAAAAAUAAAAAGCACAUUGAAGAGGAAGCUGAAAGCCAAACUGAAAAUAAAGAAGAAAAUAUUGUUAAGAGUCCGAAAAGAAGUAAAAAGCGAACAUCUGCUCAGAUUGAACAAAACGCAGAAAUCACGGAAUCAAGCGACGUGUCACCUAAAAAGAAGAGCAAGAAAGUGAAACACAGUGAAAGUAAUGAAAAUAAUGAAGUUUCUGAAAAUACUGACGUAGCUGAGAAAAUUUUUAAAAAGAACAAAAAGAAACAUAACAAAACGCAGAAAAAACCCGAAACAAAUGACAGGUUAGAUAGUAAUUGUGAAGAAAAAGAGGAAUCCCAGAAGAAACCCCUGGUGAAUCCGAAUGCAGUUACAGAUAAAGAUACAGAUUCGGAACAUGAAUCGGAUAAUGAAAUUGAAUCGGAGAAUGAUGAGGCGAAUAAAGAUAUACUUGACACUGGUCCGGCUCAAGACAGCUCUGAUGAGGAAGAAGAAGCAUCUACUUCUAAGAAUGUAAUGUUGGAGAAAGCUGAAAAGACCAAGGAGCCAGUGAGCGAUGAUGAAGUGCGACGGACACUGUUUGUGGGGAACGUGCCCUACACCAAGAAAUGCAAGAAGGAGCUGAAGAAGAUCUUCAGCAAAUACGGGACAAUUGAAACAGUCAGGAUCCGCACAGUGCCAGUGAAGGACCCCCGGUACACGCCCAAGCUGGCUCUCAUAAAGAAUGAACUACAUCCAGAACGUACCACGGUCAAUGUGUACGUCAAGUUCAAAGAGGAAUCCUCUGUUGAGCAGGCUCUGUCAGAGAACAAUACGGUUCUCAACGAUCAUCAUCUGCGGGUGACCCGCAGUCAGUCCACGGGGGCCGCCCAUGAUCCCAAAUGUUCAGUUUUUGUUGGUAACCUGCCUUUUGGUCUGGAAGACGAGGCGUUCCGGGCGAAGUUUGAGAGCUGCGGGCAGAUUGAGUCGGUCAGGAUUAUAAGGGACAAGAAGACUAAUGCUGGGAAAGGUUUCGGCUACAUUAAUUUCGCGUCGAAAGACGGCGUGGAACUGGCUUUGAACUUGACAGAGGAAGACUUGACAAUUAAGAACAGAAUAUUGAGAGUGAAACGGUGCAUGCAGUCCCGCCCGGGAACGAACCCGGGACCUAAGGGGAACCAGUCACUCAAUCAUGGGGGAAACAGAGGGUUCGUCAGAAGAAAUGAUGGACAAGGUGCAAAGCAUGGGAAUUCCCAUGGGAAAUUCCCGGGAAAAUUCCAGGGGAACAAAGAAGAGGGGGCGUAUAGGAGGAUCAUGAAUAAAAGGAAGGGUCAGGAGGGCGGCGAAGCUCCAUUUGAGAAGAAAGCGAAGAAUUCGAAUCAGCCACAGAAGGAGAAGAAACAGAGGAAAGAAUUCGUCGGCAUGACAGCUGAAAAGAGAAAGAAACACACAUUCAACAAGGGGCAGAAGAAGAAGAAGAUUCUUAGUGAAAUUCUAGCGAACAAAUGAGAAGAGUAGUUUAUGUUGACUUAUGUAAGGUAUUUUAAUUAUGUGAAUAAAUAUUUAAGAGACUC